AUGAAGCACGAGCAGUUCACCGAGGAAGACGAUACGGAGGAAGAAGUCGUCCUCAACGUGCGCCGACCCUCUCGCCUCACGAUCCCGGACCCGGCUGAGAAGCGCAACAUGUACGCGGACUCGCCCCGCGCAAGCCGCGAGCCACCGACGCUCUCGCUGGCCGAGCAGCGCCGGCGCAAGCUCAUCGGAUGCUCGUCGCUGGCCGCGCUCUUCUUGAGCGUCGUCGUCUGCAUCGCCAUGAUCCGCGUCCUUUCGGGCAACGAGCAUCUCAGCGCGCUCACGCCCAACCAGCGCAACUUUAUGCUGGCGACCAAAGCCGCCGGCGCGAAAGAGACGCUUGCCUACUACACCAAGGAGUCGCGCGCGGCGGGCUCGACGGGUGACCUUGCGAUGGCCAAGUACAUUAUGCAGAAGGCGCUCGACUUUGGCUUCCCAGAAGACAAAAUCAAGCUCAGCGAAUACGAAAUUCUCCUCAACGAGCCCACGUCAGUGCGCGUCGGUCUAGUUGGCGCCGUGAAGGACCUCGCCGAGUCCUACAUCAACAAGCCUUCGGUGACUCCGUUCCACUAUUACUCGAUGAACGGAACGGCUCAAGGCAAGCUUGUGUACGCCCACUACGGCCGAUCCAACGACUACGAUAGACUGCGCGCUGCGGGCGUCGACUUGAACGGCAAGGUGCUCUUGGUGCGCAUGGGCCGGAUCUCACUUGCGGCCAAAGUCGAGAUCGCCAAGGAGACGGGCGCCGUCGCCGUCCUGACCUACAGGCAAGGCGUGGCCGAAUGGGCCUUACGCGCCCACGGACCGCGCGCUUUUGGCACGGUGUACAUGGGCAACGGAGACCCAUCGACUCCCGACGAUGUCUCGGUGCCACUCAUGGAGCGCCUGCCUGUGGACAUGGUCUUUUCGGAAAACAACACGCGCAACCUCAUGCCGCAGAUCGUGAGUGUGCCGAUUAGCGCAGACGUUGCCAAGAGCCUGCUGAGCAGCGUCAACGCGGGCGUAGCUGCCAAGAGUCUCUUUCCCGACUUUGCGCCGGGGCUGAAAGGCGCGUCGUAUCUCUGCGGCGACAGCUCGGACGACGUGGUCGUGGAGAACAUUCAAAAAUACAGCUACAAGAAGACGUGGAACGUCGUCAUCUUGCUCGAGGGUACGCGCGAGGCCGACCGCAUGGUGCUCAUCGCGAGCCAGCGCGACUCGAUCACGUCCGGCUCCAUCUCCCCGGGCAGUGGCAAUGCGGUCUUUAUCGAGAUGCUCCGAGGCAUCGGGAACCUCUUGAGCCAAGGAUGGGCGCCCCACCGCACGCUCUUCUUGGCGUCCGUGGACGCUGAAGACUAUGGCAAUGUCGGCACCUCCGAGUGGAUAGACCGCCACUCGUCGAGUUUUGCGGCGCGUGCCGUUGUCUUCUUGAACGUCCGAGACCCGGUGGUUGGCCCCGGUGCGCUUACCGUCGAAGCCAGCUCGAGCUUGCGCACAGCUCUGCUCUACGCGACGCUUGGUAUUGCGCAGCCUGAGACGAACCCUAGCGACACGCUCAACCCGUCGAGCAUUCUCAGCAACAUUACGCUGCAUUCCGACGAGGGUGCAGUCUCUGGUCCGACGUCGUUUAUUCACGGCAACACGACACUGGUGUGGGAAGACUUGACGAAUGCAGUGUCGGACUCCAUUUACUACUACUGGCUCAAGGCCACGAAAGCCUCCGACCCGAGCGCCGUGACGCCAUCAAUCUCGACGCCCGGUACGACGCACCUCUUGUCGCCUUUUGUGGUCCGGCUGGGUGUGCCCGUCGUCGAGCUUGCCUUCGACUCUGGCAUCGACUCAAUCGACGAUACGUCGUACGACACGCUCGACUGGAUGAAGGCGUACGGUGAUCCGUCCUUUACGUUUCACCGCGCGGCCGCCCAGCUCUACGGCAGCAUCAUGCUUUCGUUCAGCGACUCUGUGUUUUUGCCCUACGACUUUGUCGAGUACGCCAAGGACCUCCGCGCUGGAAAAACGCAGCUCGUCUCGGUCCUCUCAACGUACAAGGCGUUUUCGCUGAACCUCGACCGUCUCGAGCGAGCGAUCGUUGCUUUCACCAAGGUCGCGACCAACGUCAACAAGGAAAUUGUGCAAAUGUCCGAUGAGAUGCUCGACGUGUUGAACGGUCAGAUGAUUGUGGACGUCAAGCGAGCGCGGGACAUGAACAACCGGUUGAUGAUGACGGAGCGCGCGUUCUUGUUCCCGGAAGGUCUCCCUGGAAAACCGUGGAUGAAGCACUCGAUUUACGGUCUCUCGGUAUGGAACGACUACAAUGUUACGCUUUUCCCGGGCGUCUUUACGGCUCUGAGCGAGAAGAGCCUCAUUGACGCCAAGCACCAGCUGCACCGCCUAUGUCGCACGAUCGAAGACGCGACGGAUACUUUGGCAACGGUCAAGCUCGCGUAG